UUAGAGAAGUCACUUUUGAGAAGCACAGACACAGAGCGACUAACGCACGCUGGAACUGACCUGAACUAGCAAUGUACACCAGAUCAGACAGCCUGGUCUUCUCGCUACCGACGAACGCGUUCUUCCAGCCGCAGUCGCAGUUUGAUUUCAGAGCGAUGAUGCCGCGCAACACCGAGCCGGAGAUCUUCACCUUCGAGCGGAUCCCGGAGCCGCAGCAGCCGGCGUUCCCUCCCCGCGGAGCCGCGGUGCGCCCGCGCAAGAGGAACACCCGCGUCAUGUACCCCUCCAAAGUGCGCAAAUAUCUGCCCCCGGCCGAGAAGAGCCCGGCCAAGCGCUGGCUGCUCGUGCUGUGCCUGGUGGUCUUCAUGCAGAUCUACACCGAGGAGGGAUCCGUCGAGACCUCUCAGAGCGAGGGACCGACCUUCACCGACGCAACUUCGUACAAUGUUCUCUUCAAGUCAGCCGAGGAGCAAACCAGACAAAUGAUGAGCAGCUGUCCUGAGGAGCUCGGCCUGAUGUCUCAUCGGCAGCCCGGCAGCGAGGAGAAGAAGGAGAGCUCCUGGCUUCUGAACACUACGUGCCCGAGCUCCGUUUGGGAGGAGGACAUCAACACUCUCUACCAGCAGAGCAGGAGGAACGGAUACGUGGUGGCCCUUCUCUACCCAGUGUACCAUAAACUUGGCACAGAGAACUGAACCAACUCGGAAUCAAGUUUAAGGACUAAUAAUACCUUCUUGGAGAAGAGAAGCAGGCUCAUGCGACACCCAAGUUGUGCUUGGAGAACCAAGCUUGUCUCCACAGAGCUAGUGAUGGAAAACACAAGCUGAGGAGACGUCCCAUGGACUUGAACGACGAAGAAACUUUAUAACGGAAUGAAACUUGAACGGCUCAUUUAGAUUUACUUGAAAAUGUCUCAACUGAAGUGUAGCCUCACGAGUAGACCUGUUGUACGUGUGAACUCACGAGGGUGUCUCAACGACCAUUUGUGUUUGCCGAACGCUGGCGAAAUACUUGAAUCUCACAUUGAAGAUCUCUAUGCGUUACAUGAAGAAAUAUUUGUUGUAGCUAUUUAUUUAAAGUUAUUUAUUUAUUGUUAUUUGCUUAUUUAUUUCCCAUUGUCUCGUGAAAAUAAACUGACAUUUGCAUA